AGGGUAGAGCGUGGGAAACCGAGAGAAAAGCAUAAGUUCACAGAGAGAGACAGAGAGAGGGUGAGGAGAGGAUAGAGCACAAAUAAGCGCCAGUGAGAGAGGGAAACAAGUGAAAGUGACCAUGUCCACCACUAUGGCCGCCUCGGCGACCCCUCCUGUCCUCUCACCCGGCUCAGGAGCACCUUCCUCCUUGGGAAUAUUCCGCUCCGACCCUAUCUACACCGCCACAACCACAUGCCCUCAUCCAGACUCCCCCUCCUCACGGCUCACCACCACCGGACUCUUCAACCCCUUCCUACCCGGCUCAGGAGUCCCAUCCGGUGGCUUGGGAUUCACCAACACACCGGUUUUUCGAGAUGGAGGAAUUUCCACCGCUACAUCUACAACCACAACCAGUGAGUGCAGAAUGGUGGAUGUACACGGAGUAAAAGUCGCCUCUUUCAGCGUCGGAGGACAGGACGAGUUGAUUUGUUUACCCCAAGUGUUUGACCUCUUUCUGAAACACCUCGUCGGCGGGCUUCAUACCGUUUAUACCAAGCUGAAACGCCUGGAUAUUUGUCCGGUUGUGUGUACUGUGUCGCAGGUCCGGGUCCUGAGGGGGCUCGGUGCGAUCCAACCGGGAGUCAACCGCUGCAAGCUCAUCUCCAGGCGGGACUUCGAGGCGCUCUACACCGAUUGCACCGUUGCGAGGGCCUUCUGAAGGUGGCUGUAGAGAAUACCCGUGUCCAGGACACUCAGAUCCAGGCUGAGAAGAGGGAACUGAAGAUGGAGCUGUACCGAGAGAGAGAGAUGAGAGAGAGUCUGGAGAGACAACUCACCUCUGAGUUACAGAGUAAAGCCUCCAUUCAGAAGCGCUUAAAGAAAGAGAAGAAAACCAAGAGGAAGCUUCAGGAAGCGUUGGAGUUUGAGUCCAAACGGAGAGAGACGUUGGAGCAUUCUCUCAAACACUCCUCCUUCUCCUCCUCCCUCUCUCCUCCCGACACGAUACACACCAGCAGCAACGAUAUAGUUGUACCUGAAGAUGAACCAGAACUGGGUGGACACCAGGACAAGACACUCCGAUUGGUCAAGAAACACCAGCCCGUUGCCACGACGACCUAGACAGUGGACCUGCGGAAACCUCCUUCUCUACCCCCCGAUGACUGACUAUUUUACGGCCUCAGAAAUAAACGGAUGAUUGUAGGACGCUGUCUGUUUCUACUCUUUGACUGUAUGGAGUUUGAGACCUGACUACAAAUACAAUACUAUAAUACCUUA